CUUCAUUCACUCUCUCUCUCUCUCUCUCUCUCUCUCUCUCUCUCUCUCUGCUUACUAAUCAACGAUAAGAACCCCCAAGUCUUUCCAUUCAGUCAAUCCUCACAGUACGCUUCACUUUCAUUCCCUUUCAUCCCGUACAGAAACCCCAUUUCCUCAAUUCCGAUUUCUCAAAACGAAAAAGAAUGAUCUGAAAUUCGAUUGAUUACACAAAAACCCAGUUGCUCAAAUUCAAAUUUUCAGUUUAAUUUGGAAUUUUUAGUUGAUUGAGCUGCUUAAUGGCGUCGUCAGAGAACGUGGCGAGCAUGAUGGAGCCGUGGGCUUUCAGGCCCAACACCUUCGCCGACUCCUGGAUCUCUGACGCCUUUUCCCGCGACACCAAAACCCUCACCAUGGCGCUCCAGAAGUCCCUCUCCGGAAACAACCCGGAGCCGCUUGAAUCUUCCUCCCCCGAUUUUUUCAUGCCUUUUCUCAACACCAUCGUUCAAACACCCGAAACGACCCCCACCCCCACCGUUUCGGGACUCUCCGGCUCGGACGAUUUGGAUUCGGCUGCCGCUCCGCUUAAACGCCAGCAGAGAAACGCGAUUGCGGUGGCGAAUGGUAGCGGUAAGGUUUCGAAGCGCAAGUCUCGCGCGUCGAAACGGUCCCUGACGACUUUCAUCACGGCGGACCCGAGCAACUUCCGACAGAUGGUGCAACAGGUGACCGGCGUAAGAUUCGGUAACGGACAAGUCACUAUGCCGUCGGUUGUGAAGCCGGAGCCACAGAGACCCGGUAGCCUGUUGGCCGGUGGUGUCGGCCUCUGCAUGCCGACCCUCGAUACGUCUGCGUAUCUUUUGGAUCAGCCCAAUCAAGAGCCGCAGUUGGCGGGCCCCAUUUCGACUAGGAUAGCUACUGGGCCUGGGCCCAACACGACGUUGACCGGGUCCGGCCCAGUGUCAUUCGGGGCGACGGGUGGCGUCGACGUCGCUCCUGGCGGUGGCGUUGCGUCAGGGGGAUUAGGUUUUGACUCGUUCUCGUGCUUUCCCACUUUGGAGUCGGGCUGGAAGGUCAUGUGAGUGAGGAGAGUUCCGUUUGACUUUGACGAACCAUCAUGUGACACGUGGAUGAUGAUGAUGUGUUUGAUGAUGUAUUUCUGUUUAUACGACUUAAUAUUAAUAUGUUUUUUUUAAUUAAUUUUGAUUGUUAGUGUUUUGUUUUGUUCCCUUAUUAUAAUUUCUUUUGAUUAGCAAUGGAAUUAUGGUUUAUUGA